AUGGCGACCUCAACAGGGAUCGACCAGGACCAAGCCAGGCUGCGCAAAGCGCAGGGCAAUGGCAAACCAGGGGCGCACUCGGAUGGGAACGCAGCGACCGACAGCUUUCCACCCUUGCCCACAGUAGGCACUCGGACGGAUUACACACGCUGGAGGAUCAAGGACAAUGAUAGCUGCCACAGCUGGCACUAUCUAGAGGACGACAAGGAGGUCGAGGCGUGGCCACAGAGCUCCGCCGAAAAGUACUUUCUGGGCUUGCCCCUCGACUUGCCCGACCUUCCCAAGGCCGAAACGCCCAUAGAGGCCGCCCAGAAUGGACUGGCUUUCUACGGGGAGCUCCAGAUGCCCUCGGGCCACUGGGCCUGCGAGUACGGCGGUCCCAUGUUCCUGCUGCCAUGCGUUGUGUCGGCCUGGUACCUCACCAAGACACCGAUUCCCGACGCCUACGCAACCGAAAUCAAGAACUACCUGACGGCGCGAGCCGCCGAGAAUGGCGGUUGGGGCUUGCAUAUCGAGGGCGAGAGCACGGUCUUUGGGACGUCAUUGAACUACAUCGUCAUGCGCCUCAUCGGAGUCGAUCCCGAGGAGCCCGUCAUGGUCAAAGCGAGAGCUAGGCUUCACGAGCUGGGAGGCGCGGUUCAGGCGCCUCACUGGGCCAAGUUCUGGAUGGCCUGCCUGGGCAUUGUCGACUGGGAGAUUGUGAACCCAAUUCCUCCCGAGUUGUGGCUGUUGCCUGAUUGGACGCCUGUGGCGCCCUGGCGAUGGUGGAUUCAUAUCCGCAUGGUGUUCCUGCCCAUGAGCUACAUGUACUCAAAGAGGUGGAGCUGUGAGGAGACCGAUGUUAUUCGCGCCUUGAAAAAAGAGCUCUUUGUUACGCCGCACUCGGAGAUCGACUGGGCAGUGCACCGUAACAGCAUCCACCCGGGCGACAAUUACCAUCCCAAGUCAUGGGUGAUGAAUGUGCUCAACUGGCUCAUUGUCAACAUCUGGAACGUUUUCCUGCGAACGGAUUGGAUCAAGAACCGAGCCGAGCGAUGGGUCAGCGAACUGGUGGACAUGGAAGAUGCCAACACCGAUUUCGCCGAUCUUGCACCCGUCAGCGCCCCCAUGAACACUGUCUUGUGCUACAUCAGAGAUGGACCCAACUCGUAUUCGGUCAAGCGGCACAUUGAAAGGAUGGAAGAGUUUCUGUGGAUCAACAAGGAAGGAAUGCUCUCCAACGGCACCAAUGGUGUUCAGUGCUGGGACACCGCAUUUACCGUACAGGCCAUCUUUGCAACUGGCCUGCAGAAGCACGAGAAGUACCACCCUAUGCUGCUCAGGGCUUUGAACUACUUGGAGCGCCAGCAGAUCCGGGAGGACUGCAAAGACCAGGAGAGAUGUUAUCGACAGCCCCGCAAAGGCGGCUGGCCCUUUAGCAAUCGUGAUCAAGGCUAUCCGGUCAGCGACUGUAUUUCCGAAGCGCUCAAGGCCAUCAUCCUCCUCCAGCAAGUUGGCGAUUUCCCACGAGUUCUCAACGAUGACCGCAUCAAAGAUGCCAUUGACGUCCUGCUGCUCUACCAGAACGAUAAUGGCGGUGUCUCCUCGUAUGAGGCCCGUCGUGGGAGUGAGGCUCUUGAGAUUUUCAAUGUCGCCGAAGUCUUUGGUCGAAUCAUGAUUGAGUACGACUAUCCCGAAUGCACCACAGCCUGUGUCACCGCCUUGUCGCUCUUCCAUGAGCACUGGCCCGAGUAUCGCGCCAAGGAGAUCAAGACGUUUAUCCAGAGAGCGACGAACUGGAUCAAGACAAAUCAGCGCGCCGACGGCAGUUGGUACGGCAACUGGGGGAUCUGUUUCACCUAUGCUACUAUGUUUGCCCUCGAGAGCAUGGCCCAUAUCGGCGAGACAUUCGAGACCAGCGAAGUUUCACGGAGAGGAUGCGUCUUUCUCCUCGAGCACCAGCGCGUGGACGGCGGCUGGUCAGAGAGCUACAAGGCAUGCGAGACGACGAAAUACCACGAGCAUCCUAGUGGCUCUCUGGUGGUCCAGACGGCGUGGGCGGUGAUCGGACUCAUGGAGGCUGACUGCCCCUUGCAGGCACCGAUCCGUGCUGGCAUCCAAUUUAUCAUGAGCCGCCAGCAGCCCAACGGUGAAUGGCUCCAGGAGGCGAUCGAGGGUGUCUUCAACAGAUCCUGCAUGAUCUCAUACCCUAACUACAAGUUCCACUUCCCAAUCAAGGCGUUGGGCAUGUAUGCCCAGAAGUACCCUGAUGACAAGCUGUAG